AUGAGUGAAAUCCAGCACCCGGCUUUAUCCUCAGAUACCAAAGGAGAUGUCGACGAAAAGAAAACCGCAAUAAUAAACGAUGUUGGCUGUGACACCAAAUCCCCGCACGACGGCGAUAAAGAGGCUGCUGUGCAUCAAGAUGCUCAGGCUGGUGUUCAGGGAGUCGAGGCCAUUGCCAUAGUUUGGUCGAAAACCUCUCUCAUAGUCGCCUACAUAUUGAUCUGGAUCGUCUACUUUAUUGUUUUGAUGCAACAGGGUGCCGAGGCAGCGCUGAAUCCUUUUGUCACUUCAGCCUUCCAACAACAUUCACUCACGCCUACAGUCGGCAUCCUUGCCAGCAUCAUAGGAGGGGUGUGCAACCUGACUGUUGCAAAGAUACUCGACAUCUUCGGCCGGCCUCAAGGCUAUGCUAUGUCCCUUUUCAUCACCACUAUCGGCCUUAUUAUGAUGGCGGCAACUACCAAUGUGGAAAUGUAUGCCGCAGCGCAGGUGUUCUGGACAGUUGGCAACAAUGCGCUGCUCUACACCGUGAAUAUUUUCGUCGCCGACACAACGAGAUUGCACAACCGUGGCCUGAUGACGGCCCUAACUUCGUCGCCUAACAUUAUCACUACCUGGCUUGGCGGUCCAAUCUCGAGCGCUUUCCUCAAUGGUCCUGGCUGGCGCUGGUGCUUUGGUGCUUUUUCUAUAAUUGUGCCUGCUAUGUGUCUCCCUUUAUUCGGCAUAUUGAUGUUCAACUACUUCAAGGCGAAAAAGCAAGGCUUCGUCACUAGUACACAACAACAAACAAAAGCACCUUGGCAAUUAUUCCUCCAUUACUGCCGUGAGUUCGAUGCUUUUGGUCUGCUUUUAUUAACCGCUGGCUUGGCUCUUUUCCUUUUGCCAUUCAAUCUCUACGCACUGCAACCUCUGGGAUGGCGAUCGCCGCUUAUUAUUUGUUUGCUGGUCUUUGGGUUUGCUCUUAUGGUGGCAUUUGCAUUAUGGGAGAGGUUCUUUGCCCCCGUCACGUUCAUCCCUUACUCGCUGCUCCUUGAUCGGAAUAUGAUUGGCGCGUGCGCACUCGGCAUGGUCCUUUUUAUCAGCUUCUUUUGCUGGAACAGCUUUUUUAGCUCUUUUCUCAUGGUUGUUAAUGGCCUAACUGUCACCGAAGCCAGCUACGUUGUCCAAAUCUAUGGCCUUGGCAGUAGCCUGUUUGCAAUUGCCGCAGGCGUAGUUAUCCGGUACACCGGUCGAUUCAAAGCCCUUACGCUUUAUGGUGCUAUACCUAUCUACACUUUGUUUAUGGGCCUUAUGAUUCAUUUCCGACAGCCAAACAUGAACAUUGGUUAUAUUAUCAUGUGCCAAGUAUUCAUCUCCAUAGCCGCUGGAGUUGUUAUCAUUACGUCGCAAAUGGCUGCGAUGGCUGCUGCAUCGCAUCAACAUAUUGCGGUUGUCAUGGCCAUCCUAUCAAUGUUCUCAUCUAUUGGUGGUGCUAUAGGCCUUACAAUUGCAGGUGCCAUCUGGCAAUCGGUUUUCCCUGCAAAGCUUGCUGAAUAUCUACCGCCUGAUGAUCAGGCCAAUCUUGUCAGCAUAUAUAGCAUGUUGGAAGUCCAGCUCAGCUAUCCCGUGGGUACAGCAACAAGACUCGCUAUUCAGCAUGCUUAUGGUGAUGCCCAAUUAAUGAUGCUAGUCGCCGGUACAGCAAUUUGGGCUCUUGGAUUUGCUGGAGUUGCUCUUUGGAGAAAUAAUAAUAUUAAGGAUAUUCAACAAGUUGUUGGCCAGGUAAUCUAA